ACAACAGAAAUGGCUGCUUUAGACGAAAUACAGCGUCUGGAGUAUUUAUCUCUGGUAUCUAAGGUUUGCACGGAGUUAGAAAAUCAUCUGGGAAUAAGCGAGAAAGAUUUAGCUGAAUUUAUCAUCAGCUUGGCAGAAAAACAUCCAACAUUUGCUCAGUUUAAAGCUGUUCUGACAGAAAAUGGAGCAGAUUUCACAGAUACUCUCAUUGGUAAUUUACUCAGACUUAUUCAAACUAUGCGACCAUCACCUUCCACCAGUAAAGCAUCCCAGCAGGAAGUUAAACCAAAGAGUGAGAAGGAGAAGAUGAAAGAGAAAUAUCCAGCUUUAUGUAAACCAGAUGCUCCUGCAUGGACGAUUCCACCUCACCACAUAGAUAAAGAUGACGAGCAGGUUGCCGCGGCAGCCAUGAAGGAGCUGGAGAUGCUCAUGCCAAACGUGUGUGGGACGAGCUCUGAUUACAGGUCAGGUGACAGAGGUCGAGACCCAAACAGAGAGAGCGGACAUCAGCGAAAUCGUUCACGCUCCCGAUCCAGAGAACGGGAAGGAGAACCAAGCGCCAAGCGCAGGAGGAAACGGCCGUCUCGAUGGAGCGACCGACCUCCGAGCCCACCUGUAGAUGCCGGCAGCAGCAGCAGCACCACCACCAACAUUAACAUAAACAACAAGGAGGACACAGACUCAGACCGUUGCCAUGACAGACUUGCGGAUCGGCCGCUGUCAGACCAGCCUGUUGUGGGAACCGUCUACAUCGGCAAAAUCAGUAGUAUUAUGCAGUUUGGCUGUUUUGUGCAGCUGGAAGGCCUCAGGAAACGCUGGGAGGGUUUGGUUCACAUCUCAGAGUUACGUAAAGAAGGCCGCAUAGCAAACGUAGCUGAUGUCGUCACCAAAGGCCAAAAAGUGAAGGUGAAGGUGCUCUCAUUCACCGGAACCAAGGCCAGCCUGAGCAUGAAGGAUGUAGAUCAGGACACAGGGGAGGACCUGAACCCCAACCGGAGGAGGAACCUGGACACGGGAGUCGGAGACGAAGCAAUGAGGAACCCCGACCGCCCCGUUGAAGCCAGCAUCCUCGAAAUAGAAGAAAACACAACGGAGCGUAAAAGGCUCGCUAAGAUAACUGACCUGGAGAAAUGGGAGAUAAAACAGAUGAUUGCCGCCAACGUUCUUCCUAAAGAAGAAUUCCCAGAAUUUGACGAGGAGACGGGAAUCCUUCCCAACAUAAACGACGAUGAAGAUGAGGAGAUAGAGGUUGAUCUGGUUGAAGAGGAGCCACCGUUCCUGAGAGGACAGACUAAGUUUACCAUGAACCUGAGCCCAGUCAAAAUAGUAAAGAACCCAGACGGCUCCCUUUCCCAAGCCGCCAUGAUGCAGAGCGCUUUGGCAAAGGAGAGGCGAGAGAUCAAGCAGGCGGUUCGAGCAGCAGAGAUGGACUCAAUCCCAACUGGUCUCAACAAGCACUGGAUCGACCCCAUGCCUGACUUUGAUGGAAGACAGAUCGCUGCCAACAUGAGAGGCAUCGGCGCGAUGCCUAUUGAUCUCCCCGAGUGGAAGAGAUACGCCUUCGGAGGGAACCAGGUGUCGUAUGGCCAGAAGACAGAACUCUCAAUCCUGCAGCAGAGAGAGAGCCUGCCUAUUUUUAAACUGAAGGAACAGCUCAUUCAGGCUAUCCACGAUAAUCAGAUCAUGAUUGUAGUUGGGGAAACUGGCUCUGGUAAGACGACGCAGAUCACUCAGUACCUGGCAGAGGCCGGUUACACCGCCAGGGGGAAGAUCGGUUGUACUCAGCCCCGUCGUGUGGCCGCCAUGUCUGUGGCUAAGAGAGUCUCUGAGGAGUACGGUUGCCGUCUAGGCCAAGAGGUGGGUUACACCAUUCGUUUUGAGGACUGCACCAGCACAGAGACGGUAAUCAAGUACAUGACCCAUGGUAUGCUGCAGAGGGAGUGUCUGGUAGACUCUGAUAUGAGUCAAUAUUCCCUCAUCAUGCUGGACGAAGCCCACGAGAGAACAAUCCACACUGAUGUGCUGUUCGGUCUGCUCAAGAAGACGAUACUGAAACGUAAAGACAUGAAGCUGAUCGUUUCCUCGGCGACGCUGGACGCUGUUAAGUUCUCCCAGUAUUUCUUUGAAGCUCCCAUCUUCACCAUCCCAGGAAGAACGUUCCCAGUAGAGAUUCUCUACACCAAAGAGCCGGAGACAGACUAUCUGGAUGCCAGUCUCAUCACUGUCAUGCAGAUCCAUCUGUCUGAGCCUCCAGGUACGAUUGAGUCACUAAACCAGGAGAGUAUACAGACCACAGACCAGUUUAAAACUCAAGUGGGCUGCACCAGUAAAACCAUCACAUUAUAA